AUGAUGGGCGGUGGUGGCGGCGGAGGUAACGGAGGAGACGCUGAACGAUGGCUAGCUACGGCGGAGAAGCUACUCUUAUCCGGCGACCUAAACGGUUCAAAGACCUACGCGAUCCGUGCAUGCGAGGCCGAUCACUCACUCGUAGACCACGCCGAGCUUAUCCUCGCCGUCGCCGAUACUCUAAUCGCCGGUGAAACUCGAAUCCGCGGAAGCACAGCCGAUCUCCCCGACUGGUACGCCGUCCUCCGACUCGUUCGUCUCACUCACAACCCCGAACUCGUCGCGACUCAGUACAGUAGACUCGCCGUGUUGCUCAACCCGAGCCGGAAUCGGUUCCCGUACUCCGACCAGGCUUUCCGGCUGAUCUCCGACGCGUGGUAUGUUCUCUCCGAUUCUACUAGAAAGGCAUUGUACGAUAGGGAAUUGCAUCUGAGUCAGUUUGGGCAACUCGGUCAAUUAGGGUUUCAGCUUUUCAAUCAGCCGCAGUCGCAAUCGCAAUCACAAUCACAAUCGCCUCAACACCAACAGCAAUCGCAAUCGCCUCAACACCAACCUCAGUCUCAGCAACAAACGGUGUCGUAUCAGAACCAGCAGUUACCAUUUCAGCUUCAUCAACAACCUCAGCAACAGCCACAUUUCUCUCAGAGUCAACAAAGAUCACAGUUUGAUCAGCAGCUGAUGCAAUCACAGUCAAUGCAAGAGCAACAACAAGCGUCUUGGCGUCAACAGUUUGGUCAAGAGCAGCAGCAAAGUGAGUCAAUUAGGGAAGAAAGAUUGAUAAAUUUGAACAAUGCAACAGAUAGGGUCCAAUCUAGUCGUCGUUUCCAUGAGCCUGAUAGGUCAUCUCAUAGGAAUCAUUCAACUGAUCUGACAUGGCCGUCUAAUAAGACCACCGCUGCAACGUCGGAGACUGUGUCAUGGAAAUCGUCUGAGCCUGCUAGGCAAUAUCAGUCGUCUAGGUCCACUGAAGCUGCUCAGCUCUCGCUGCUGCCUUCUGUUUCUGCACCUUUGGCUAGGCAGGUUCAGUCACAUUCAGUCUCUAAACCGCAGCCUGUCUCUAAACCGGUCUCUAAGCCAUUCCCAAUGUCUCAGCCACCAUUGAGCUCAGUGUCUCAGCCACCACCUACCUCUAAGCCCUUCCCGGUGUCUCAACCACCUCCGGCCACUAACCCAUUCCCUGUGUCUCAGUCAACACAAAAGUCUAAGCCUUUCCCGGUUUCUCAACCACCUCCGGCCACUACACCAUUCCCUGUUUCUCAGUCAACUCAAAAGUCUAAGCCUUUCCCGGUUUCUCAACCACCUCCGGCCACUAAUCCAUUCCCGGUGUCUCAGUCAACACAAAAGUCUAAGCCUUUCCCGGUUUCUCAGUCAUCACAAAAGUCUCAGCCAUCAUCAAACUCUAAGCAGAUCCCGGUGUCUCAACCACCACCAGCCACUAACCCUUUCCCUGUGUCUCAGCCACCACCGACCUCUAACCCAUUCCCAAUGUCUCAGUCAUCACAAAAGUCUCAGCCUUUCCCUGUGUCUCAGCCACCACCGGCCACUAACCCAUUCCCAAUGUCUCAGCCAUCGUCAAAUUCGAAGCCUUUCCCGGUUUCUCAACCAUCAUCGACUACUAACCCAUUCCCGGUGUCUCAACCAUCACCAACCGCUAAGCCAUUGCCAGUCUCUCAGUCACCGCAGACCUCUAAGCCAUUGCCGGUAUCUCAGCCAACACAGACAUUUCAAUCAAACCGUCGCUCUCAGCCACCUGAAGCCUCUCCACUGCCUCCUGUCUUCAACUCAACUCAAUCAUUCCAGCCACCUCCGGUCUCAACUACCCCAUCUCCGGUUCCAGCAGCCUCUGCUAAUCCAUCUCCGGUUCCAGCAGCCUCUGCUAAUCCAUCUCCGCCUCCACCAGUCUCGCAGCCAACUUGGGUCCCUACCCAAACCACUCCAACUACUGAACAAACUCCAGAGAGCGAGGCUGCAAGAACGAAUUCUGACCCAAAGGUUCCAACUUUCUGGACGACUUGUCCAUACUGCUUCGUGCUCUACGAGUAUCCAGACUUUUACGAGGAGAGCGUGCUUCUUUGCCAAACCAAGACCUGCAGGAGAGCUUUCCAGGCGGUGAAGGUUCCAUCUCCACCGCCAGUUUCUGAUGAAGAAGAUAGUUACUAUUGCUGUUGGGGUUUCUAUCCGAUAGGUGUCUCAGAGAUGACUAAAGCCCCUGUCAAUGAUUUACCAAAAUCAGCACCGACCACAUUCUUCCCACAGAUGAAUAAGUUCCCAAGCACCGUUUUCCCAAAUCCAACGCCGAGAAAACCUUCUCCAAAGGUACAUUAUAUUCACGACGAAGAUGAGGAUGAUGAUUACUUAGAUUCUGAUCUUAGUGAAGAGGAUGACGACGACGAUGAUGAUGAUGACUGGCGGAUCAAUGGAACGAAGAAGAGAAAGAAUGUGAAGCAGAGUAAGCAGAAAGCAUCAACAAAACCGAAACUUGGAAGACCUCGAAAAGUAAUUGAGGUUGAUUGA